AUGUCAAUCAGUUGGGGUGCACAGUAUCCGAAAUUGAAAACAAAUCUCCGAUUGGCCAUCAAUCGACUGAAAUUGAUGGGCAAGAAGAAGACAGAAAUGGCUAUGAAAGCUCGGACAGAAAUAGCUGAGUAUAUAUCAGCAAACAAAGCUGAUCGAGCACGAAUCCGCGUUGAGCACAUCAUUCGAGAAGAUUAUCUCGUAGAAGCUUUCGAAAUUCUGGAGAUGUAUUGCGAUCUACUUCUGGCGAGAUUCGGUUUGAUAGAGCAGAUGAAGACCUUGGAUGAUGGCAUUGCAGAAGCCGUGAUCAGCAUAAUGUGGGCUGCCCCACGGAUAGCUACGGACAUUGCGGAAUUCAAAGGUGGGAUUGGUAAAAUUUCCAAAUUACGAUUCUUUCAUAAAAUAGUCUUACAGGCUAUAAGCGACCAACUCACUAUAAAGUACGGAAAACCAUUUGCUGAAGCUGCUCGAGCAAACCAGUUGGAAUUUCCAGCCAAAGUUUCGCCGAAGUUGAUAGCCAAGCUCUCUGCGGCUGCACCGCCAAAACUGUACAUGAUAGAGAUAGCGGCAAGCGCUGGUGUGCCGUUUGUGCCAGACCCCGAUGUGAUGCGAGACGAUGAAGUUGCUCAAGCAGAGAAAAUGCUUAUCGAUUUCAAGCAAGCUGGUGCCACAGGAUUCAAUGGUGGACCAACUGUACUUCCACCGCCUCCACCUUCUUCGACAGAUGGUCUAGGAUAUGGUUGGAAUCUUCCUCCAGGUGCGGGCGGUGGUCCACCGCCACCUUUUCCACCAAGUAAUCCCCCACCCCCACCUCCAGGUGAUGAUUUUGGAGGCGGCAAUGGAGGUCACAUCUACGAAGUGCCAAAUAUGCCGCCUCAACGUGACGACUUUAGCACUCCGGCUCCCAACUCUGCACCGCCAGCAGGCAUGAUACAGUUGCCCAAGAUCGGUCCAAAUGGUUUACCUAUUUACCCGGGUCAAGAUGGUCCUACGUAUCCAGUACUGAGCCAAAGGGAGUUGGACGAGCUUUUCGCAGUUGCUGAUAUCGUGAAAAUUAUCGAAGGGGCUCGUUGGAUAGCCGGAGAUCAAAAAAAUCAUCUGAAUAUUGAGUUUAGCGCGCUUGCAGUUGUUGCGUGGGGAUCUACAAUUAGUUAUGCAUUUCGGGCUGAAACUAUCUCUUGA